AUGGCAGCUGUCUUGAGGAACGCGUUGGAGGUUCUUCUCAUAUGCUUGUUGCUGCAACUGGUGACAAGUGAAAUCUUGAUCGGAUCCCCCAAGGCAGGACAGAUCUUUCGCACGAUCCCUGUCCUGCUCGAGUAUGUGACGUUCAAGAUCGACAGGGUCAAGAUCUUCCUCGAUGGAUCUUUCUACCAUGAGCUCGGCUCUGACUCCGAACAAGGGUCGAGAGUUUCGCUGGCCAUCUACAAGCUGCCUCCUUUGAGCCUGCAGCCUUUGGCCAACCACACCAUCACGAUCGAGGGGUUUCAUCCGAACCACAACACGCCACAAGAGCGGGGCAGCGUACACUUCAGCAUGCAGUACAACACGUUGGAGGGGGAGACUACGAUCGAUCUCCCCGCAUCCGCCAUGGUGAUUGGUGAUCUCCGUCGUUCAAGAGAGUCUCGUGAGGAAGAUGCGGAUAGCUUGAUCUCGGACAUGUCAGAGAUGGGGAUCUUCGUGCAUCCUGUCCAGAUCGAUUCCCUGCUCACAGCUCACCUUCACGACUCCCUCGCCCUCCAUCUUCCUGACAUAGUCCUCCUCCUCCCUUCCGUCUAUCACCAGUAUGCGGGCAACCUGAGUAGCCUGUUCGAGACGUGCCGGUCCAUGUUCAUCGUGACAGUCGUCUACCUGCUCGAUCUCCGGCACGGGGUCAGGAUGCAAGGGUUCAGAGACUUGUUUGAAGCCGAUUAUGUGGCGUCCAUGGACGGGAGCGGGUGGGUGGAGAAAUACCUGAGAAGGUGGAGAAGCAGGUCAAAACAUGUAUGGCUCGGCGCAUCUUGGUCUGCAGAUACUCCUUACUUCGAUCAGGAUGGCAAGAUAGAGAGGGAGAGGAGACAGGGAGCUGUGUUCCUUCACGAUGUGCUGAUGUAUGGGCCCCACACUCGUCCUGAGCAUGUGCUGUCCAACGAUGAUCAAAUUCAUCGAGGACACGGAUGGGGUCUGAGGAGGAGGGUGGAAAAGUCGCUUGCUCGGGAGUUCGGAAGCAGGUUCCACCUGGAGAUUUUCCCACUGAGUGCUGAACUGAGAUGCGAGCUGAUGAAGAAAACCAGGAUUCUGAUCGUCGUCGGAGGUUGUCUGGGCAUCGACGAGGCGCAACGAUGUCCGUCAUCGGGGUACUGGGGAGAGGAGGUAUACGAGGCGAUGAGGUGCGGGGCGUUUGUGGUGCACAACUUCGUUCAAGGGAUGGAGGAGCAUUUCGACAACGGAACUCAGCUGAUAUUCUUUGAUGGGGAGGACUUGAGGCAUCUGAAUAUCAUGGUGGAUCACUAUCUCAAGUCUGAGGAGGAGAGAGAGCAGAUUCGAGUGAAUGGACAGGAGCAUGUUUUGAUGUACCACACGCGCAAGGCGAGGUUGAGAUUCUUGUUUGAUCAAAUCUUCCAUUCUCAACAUGGAGGCAUUCAAGAAGAUGAUGAAUGUUUUGACAAAUCGAUGGGGGAGAGUGACUUUUGCAGAAACUUGCGCGAUUGUGGGGAAUUGCGUGCCAGUAGAAUCAAAUCGGUUCGAGUAGGAAGUGGAGGGGAAGGAGGAGAAAAGGGAGGACGAGGACGAGGAGACAGCGAACGCGAGGACUUUAUGAUACAUUCCGAUUUCAUGAAGGAGAUGUUGAAACCGCUGCUUCAACCGACCUCUGAGUACGACCUGCUAAACCAUUAUGUACCUCUUGAUGACGUGCUGCAGCAUGACGGUCGCAAGGGCAACUUGGUCAGGGUCAUAGCAAGGAGAGUUUUUGCAGAGGAGGAUAUCACUAUUCCGCCAGCUCUCUGCCUGCAUGAAGACGUCAAGUUGCUCAACGAAGUACAUCUCGCUCAUCUGCUCUCCCCUCGUCUGCCGACCUCGUCCUACGUGUCGUCGCCCGUGCUAGGGAUGCAGCUGCUGGCGUUCAGCGACAUGUAUCUUGCUGCGGGAGGAGCAAUCUGCAACGAAACGCACAUGGUCGACUCCUUCUACCUGAGUGAGGGGAAGAUCGCACCCAAGACGCAUCCCGGUUGCUCGGUCUCUCCUCAAGGGAGCAGGGCCUUGUAUGUCGACAGAGCCGUCUACAUCCCGACUCGGUGGGGGGCAUCCUGGCAGCACUUUAUCCAAGACACCUCCUCCCGCCUCCUGUUCGCCAUGGAGGUGCUACAAGGGUUGGACUACUUCGUCGUUGUGGAGCGGUCAUUGUCCCGGAAUGCCCUUGCAGUACUUUCCAGCCUCGUUGGCUACGAUGACCUCGGUCGCAUCCUGUUCGUGGACACAUCUUGCAUGUCGGGCCUUUAUCUCGACUUGUUCCAUCUGAGUGUGAGCAAGUGCAGGAGUUACAUCUGGAGCAAACAGCUGUACGUUGCAACCAACAUGCCGAGCCAUGCCCACGAUCAUCAGCCGACCAUGCCGAUGCUGCGCCUGCUGCAGAAGAAAGUCUCAGUCUUUGUUGGAUCGCUGCAUGGAACCAUGGCAAGGAGCCGAUCAGCGACGUCAACGGAGUGGAGCAGGUACUGGCUGUGGUGGAGCAACCAUUCUUCUGAGCAUCCGCUUCCGUUCGACGCUCUCCGUCAACCGCUCUCCCUUCCUUUCUUCAUCCUCUCUCGAGGGAAUGCCACGACCUGCACACAGCCUCCAGUCCCAGAUCGCUGCCUCCUGAACGAGCUUGAGGUCUCAAGGGACCUUUCCCUCUUCUACCGUAUCCUCAGCCAAAGAAUCUCGUUCACUGACGCCGUCGCCUACACCAACACCAGCUUCUCUGACACCUCCUCGAUCCUCCACUCCCUCCAACUCCCCCUCCUGUUCCUGGCCCUCUCCAUCCAGUCCGCCGAGAUCAUCGUGGCAGCGCACGGAGGGCAGGACUUCAACAUUCUGUUUGCGAGGAGGGGGACUGUAUUUGUUGAGAUCCUCCCGGGGAAGAAGACCGAGGAUGGGCCGUACUCGGUCCACUCGUUCGCUGCUGGCCUUGGGUUGAAACACUACCUCCUUCCUGUCCCUGGCGUCGCCCACCGCGCAGCACAGGCCACCCGUCCCUUCGUUGUGGAGACAAUCAAGAUUGUCAAGAUCUUGAGGGGAGAGAAAUUCCUUGCUCCUCCUCCCUCCUCCCCCUCCUCCUCCUCCUCCUCCUCCUCUCCCAGCUUGUCCUCUCCUCCCCCCGCUUCCGCUCCUCAUCCUUUGCCCUCCUCCCCUCCCACCACCUCCCCUCCCCUCUUCUCCUCCCUCUUGUUAGAUUGCAGACACAAAGGAGGGGGGGAAACAUCGGAAUCGAAGUCCACCGGCUCGACAGACGUCCUGGUCAACUUCCUAGGGAUCUUCCUCAACCUCUUCACGGAGGACGCGAACUGCUCGUCCUGCUCUUCUACUUUGUACCUCCGCGCCAACGACAGCGAAGUACAAGUGGAGCGAGACUUCCAAGAGCGAAGAGGAAGCGUCGUUGAGGGAAGCUUUUGGCUCGCCCUGCCGGACGGAUGCACGAGGUUAAAACUGGCCAUGGAAACAGGAGCAGGAGCAGGAGCAGGAGCAGGAGCAGGAGCAGGAGGAGCUCGCCUGGAGUCGGAGGACGUGUUCGUGAUGGUAAGAGGAGCUCUGGUCUCUCAUGUAGACCCGAACGUCUGCGCCAUGGGCGGCAUGCAGGACGCAACGCAAGCAGCCGACGAGUAA